GUACACCAUCUAUCCAUUUUCUGUCACAAAGGUCGGUGAUUUAUUUGUAUGCAUUUCCAUAGAUGGAAAUUUCGGCUGCGCAAAUACAACCGUCUUUACGGUGCUGCAGCGUCGUUGCCAUGACAGCACGUCUAUUUGUCCGUGUCGGAGAAGAGGCUGCAGAUAUAAGCUGCUUGGCAGAAAACAAUGACAAAAACAACUGAUCCCUUACAACAGAAGUCUGUCUCGUAACGCUGUUUGAUCGAUGUUGCACGUAUUUCAAGUAUCUGCCAGUGAAUAAAGUCUGACGAUGGAAGCCCCGCUGGAGGACGAGACUCCUGCAGGUGCCUUAGCGGGAAUUGAGGUGCCCGACCACGGAGAGGAGUUAAAAGCCUCGGACGAAGCUCUUACAUUGAUGUCCAGCUUUGAGCCUGCAGAGCUGCAGAAGUGUGUGUUUCCAGACUCUCUGGUGACUGUGUCAGAGAGCGGCCGAGACCUGGGGAGGUUCAGUGUGUCGGUGGAGUUUGCGCGUAGAGGUCAGCAGACCUGUAUGCUGCUGCAUGCUCAGAGUCAAGGAGCCAUUGAUGACUCCCCCUGUGGAACAACAGUGACAGCCUACCUAACCACGGACCUGGAGGUGCUGGAGGAAGAUUACCAUGAGUAUGUCAAGCUUGAGGGCCACAGUUUGGACAAGAGGUGUCACAUGGUGCAGCGUGACGGGCAGCUGGUGAUCAAUAAAGUAACUACAGUAGGAGAGGAGGUGACAAAGGAGAGUGCUUCGUAUCCCAUCUCUGUCCUAAGUGGGCUGGUAACUGAGGGAUCCAACCUGCUGCUGAUGCGCCUGAUCGCUCUCAGGAAGAAGGUGCCAGAACAGAUGACCUUUAUCUCUUUUGACCAGGGAUUACACAUCAUCCACACCACUUUUAGCGAGCUGGGUCUGAAGCAGCUGGAGGUGGGGGAUGAGAUGGUGGAGGUAUUUGGGGUGCAAAGGAUUGUCCACUCUGUGGAGGACAGCCCCACUACCUGGCAGUGCUACUUCCUGCCUAAUGGGCACUUGGCCAGCAGAGUGCAGGUAGGAUCACCGGUCACCAUGAGACUUCUGCAAAUGCCAUCACAGCUAGAAAAAGGUUUUGAGAAGAUCCCCCUUCUUUGGGAAGGAGACAUGCAGAUGCGUUCCAAGUUCUUGGAUAGAAAAGAGGAGCUGAAGGCCGACCAUGCCUCGUACCUGAGACAGCAUCCAGAGAUCCGUGCCCUCAUAUCUGACUUCUUGCAGUUCUUACUCCUCAGGAAACCAGAUGAUGUCUUCCAGUUUGCCAGGGAGUACUUCCUCCCCUUUGCAUCCCGCCGUCCUCCAGAGCCAAACCUGACACCCUAGGCCCCAUACUCAAAGCAGGCGUAUUUUAUAGCUUUCUUCUUUAUGGGUUUUACUGGAAAUUGUUGGUCUGUUUCUCCUGAGUGGCAGAUAACCUGUAGUAUAAAAGGAAAACACUUUUCUGAGACUUCAUAGCUGUGUGAUGCUGCCAAAACCUUGAGUGAAAUGAAUAAAGUGUUUCAAACUGUUC